CCGUGUCCGAAUCAUCUUGGCGCGCGAUUCUCGGUUCCACGGUGGUUGGCGCUACAACACUGUCCGGGCUCGGAAAUUCUUACGGCGGAAAACCUAUGGGAAACCGUGGGAUUUCGUGUGUAGGCUAAUUUGGUAAUCGGAUCCGGAUCGCUCGUUUCGCACUCCGUCUCGCUCGCUCGACUCCCUUCGGUUGGUUGAUGCGUGACGCGCGGCAGAUCAUGUAACGGGCGGUUGUUUUGUCCGGCUGGUAGCUGGGAACAGUGCAGUUGAAUUGAAAUCUUCCGUUUGGCGGCGGUGCAUUGCGCGACGGCGAUAAUCGCGAUUCGCGUUACGGGUCGCAUUAAGAGGGCCACAUGUGCAGGCCAAAGUGAAGUGGUCAAGUGAAAUUGGAUUAGCGCGAGUUUUCGUGCGUGGUUGUUUAGCUGGGUGACUGGAUAACGGCUGAGCGCAGCGGAACAACAAUGUUGGUCCCACCGGAGAUGAUUGCGGUGCAAUCAAAGACCAUAUUCCAAAUCAAUAAAUACUAUGCCGAGAAGGUGCAGCUGCGGAUGGGGAACAUUUCUCGCGUAAUUCGGGAGAUCUGCAAGAUUGUUCAGGAGGUGCUGCGGGAGGUGGAAGUGCAGGAGCCGAGGUUUAUCUCCAGUUUGGUUGAGUGCAAUGGAAGGUUCGAAGGCAUCGAAGUGGUCACGCCCAACUCCUUCGAGGUGGUGCUCUAUCUCAACCAGAUGGGAGUGUUCAACUUUGUCGACGAUGGAUCCCUUCCCGGGGCUGCCGUUCUCAAGCUGAGCGACGGCCGAAAACGAUCAAUGUCACUGUGGGUGGAAUUCAUCACCGCGUCCGGGUACCUGUCGGCGCGGAAAAUCCGCUCCCGAUUUCACACUCUAGUCGCCCAAGCCGUAGAGAAGUGUCCCUACCGGGAGAUGGUUAAACUGGUGCCGGACACGACUGAGGUCAAGCUGAAAAUUCGCGAAAGGUACAUCGUGCAGAUCACGCCGGCCUUCAAAUGCACCGGAAUAUGGCCGCGAUCGGCUGCCCAUUGGCCCAUUCCGCACAUUCCCUGGCCCCAUCCGGCCCUGGUGGCCGAAGUGAAAUCCGAAGGAUUCGACUUACUCUCCAAAGAAAGUGUCAUCCUGCAAGGGAAAAACGCCAACAUCGAAGGGGACGCAUGGAUCUUGCACUUUACCGAGGCGGAGAACCGCCUGCUGCAGGGAGGCUACCGGAAGCGCUGCUUGAGCAUACUGAAGACGCUCUGCGACCGCCACCUGGAUCUACCGGGGACCCCGAUAACGUACUACCAUCUCAAAACGCUGCUGCUGUACGAGUGCGAGAAGCACCCGCGAGAAGCGGAAUGGGACGCCAACUGUAUCGGCGAUCGGCUGAACGGGAUAUUUCUGCAGAUGAUAUCGUGCCUGCAGAACCGCCGCUGUCCGCACUACUUUCUGCCCAGUUUGGAUCUGUUCAAAGGGAAGUCACCGACGGCGCUGGAUAACGCUUCGAAGCACGUGUGGAAGCUGUGUCGGGACAUUCUGACCAGCACGAAGGCGUUCGAUCGAUUGUAAGGUGGCGGGCGCGGCGGCGCGGCGGUGGCGGUUGUGGUGCAAAUCGGUGAGUCAUAUCUGCAGCAGUGAAACUAGGAGCAAAUAAUUGCAUAACGAAUGUAUACGAUAUUGUGACAAAAGUUUUCUCGUUUUCUAAUAAGUAGAUUCAAUUAUUAACUAAUAUUUAAGUGUUAUUGGAAAUGUUUUGUUUUAUGAGAAUUGUGGUCAAACUGGAAGGUUAGGUCCACUUUUUAAUUCGAACUAGAAUACACGAUGGAAGUCAUCAGUUCAUUUGCCAUUGUAGGUGCAAGUCUCGUAUUUAUAUUUAGGUCUUUAUUGAUUUUAUAGUUUCUUUUUCGAUUCGAGAUAUAUGCAAUACCUUUGAUUUACAUAUACAUAUAUACAUAUAUUACUAGUGCAAACAAAGCUUGUUCAAACAAUAUUUAAAAUAUAAUUAACGAACAUAAUAAUACAGCUUUUGUGGAAAGUUUAACUUUCAAAAGUGAUA